CCCCUCGAUUUCCCAGCUCUGACAAUGUGCACAGACUGGAACGGGAAUGCCCAAAGGGAUUGGGCCGAUUUGACAAAGGAGCGCGGGACAGAAACAGGAAACGGCCUGCUUCCUCCAUCAGGAGCGGAGGAAUUUCAUCCAGUGACCACCAAACCCCAGGAACAGGCGCUGCCUCUCCGAGGACAGAUCACCAGCGGCAGCGAAGCCAAAAACUCCCCGACCUGCUCGCUCCAGGUGCCGUGGAGCAAAACUGGUGACCCCAGCACUAAGAGGGCCAGCCAGUGUCGAUAGACCACAAUGUCAGUGGGAAAUCCUGGAGUCAAGCACUUACCAUUGUAGCCAUGUGGAAGAAUCACCAGACAUCAAAGGGUUAAACCUAAAGGAGGACUGUUACAAAGUUAUCCAGUGUGGAAACAGAACCUUCAGCCUAAUUCGUCCAUGCCAACCAAGAUGCCCCAUCUAUGUUUAGUUUGGAGAUAGCACGGAAACAGGCCCUUCGGCCCACCGAGUCCAGGGGGACCAUCGAUCCUAGUACUAUCCUACAUACACUAGGGACAAUUUUACCAAUUUUACCAAUUAGCCUACAAUCCUGUACCUCUUUGUAGUGUGGGAGGAAACCGGAGCACCCGGAGAAAACCUCACGUCGGUCAUGGGGAGAACGUGCAAACUCCGUACAGACAGCACCAGCAGUUAGAAUUGAAAUCGGGUCCCUGGCUUUGUAAGGCAGCAACUCUACCACUGUGUUGCCCCACUAGCACGAUGCUAGUCCCAUUUGCUCAUGUUUGGCCCAUAUCUCUCUAAACCUUUCCCACCCGUGUCCAUGUUAUAGCCCCUGACUGAACACAUGCACCCACCUCCCUCUGAGUGACUGGGACCUUGAGGCCAAUGGGCAUUCGGGAGCUGAGGGAAAGGUUGGCUUCCAUCGCUCCGGUGACAUGGAGGGUCUUCCCACCUGGGCCUCAGGGGGUCUAGGACCCAACGGCACUGGGCCAGAGCAGUCGCCGGUGGAGACGGUCGCCAGGGCGUUCCUCUACCUGCUCGUCCUCGCCCUCGGGCUCCCGCUCAACGCUCUGGUGCUGGCGCUGAUCUUCCGCUCGCGCUCCCUGAGGAGCGUGGCCAACAUGUUCGUGGCGUCCCUGGCCACGGCCGACCUGCUCCUCCUCCUGCUGGGCCUCCCCUUCGUUGUCGCGGCGACGGUGGCCGGAGCCUGGCCGCUAGGCCCGACCGCCUGCCAGAUGACGGGUUUCCUCACCUUCUCCCUCAGGCUGGUGUCCAUCUUGUCCGUGGCGGGCAUCUCUGUGGACAGGUACUACCUGAUCGCCCGGCCCUUCAUACUCACGGUGACCAGGGCCGGAGCAAAGAGGACGUUGGCCUUCCUGUGGUGGACAGGUCUCCUGUGCGGACUGCCCCCACUUUUUGGCAUUGGCCUCUACAGGUUUUCCCCUUCCAAGGGUUUGUGUGACUACAGUUGGCCUGACGGAGGUUCAAGCCUGGCUUACGGCCUCCACAUCUUUAUCUGGGUCUACCUGACAUCUGUGGUGGUGGUGACCACCUCCUAUUACUUAAUAUACAGAGUGACGAGGCAACGUCUCCUGGCCAAGGCCCGACGUUCUCCCCACAGCUUAUCCUCUGACCACAAUGGUACCCUAAUACUCCAGGAGCCCAAGGCAUUCAGACACUCCAGCCUCCCUCGAAUGUGGUCAGGCCUCAUGUCAUCCAGUUCCAUCUUUAACCUGAGUGGGAUGGGGACGUUGGACGUGGCGAUGGAAACCAAGACGGCCAAGACCAUCCUUGGGGUAGUGGCCACCUUCCUGGUCACCUGGCUGCCGUACUUCGUCUCCAAUCUCCGUCGCCGCCAUGCGCUCUCCCAGGACGGCACGGGCAGGAUGCUGGACUUCCUCGCCACCUGGCUCACCUUCACCAACUGCGUGCUGGACCCGCUGCUCUACGCCUUUCUGAACCGCCAGAUCAGGCGCCGGGCCAGGGAGCUCCUGGGCCUGUGGUUCGGUCUCUUGGCCCAGCCAGUCUCCGGGGAGGUACCGAGGCGGACGGGCCGGGGUCCGACCCGGGACGUGAGCAGCUCCGACAUGGCAGGGAGCCCAACUCCCUUCUCCGUCACCCAAGAGCUCCAGCGAUCCACACCGUCUCCGUUCCCCCGGGACCCUCCGCCCCGCAGGCUCCCACUCGCUGCCCACUGAGGAGCCUGGCAACGGGGGCCUGGCAACUUCCCACGGCAACGGGGCCUAACCACGCUGCCCGGCAACGGGGCCUGGCGAAGGAGCUCGGCAACGGGGCCUACAACCCGGGACUCGAAUGGUCCUGCCUUCAGACUGGCCUUUAACCCUAGCAACGAUCGAUGACCCUGGCAACCGCUCGCGACCCGACCCCUGUGAUGGUGACUUUGGGCAACAGUUGGCGACCCCGGCAACAGUCGGUGACCCUGGCAACAGUCGGUGACCCUGGCAACAGUCGGUGACCCUGGCAACAGUCGGUGACCCUGGCAACAGUCGGUGACCCUGGCAACAGUCGGUGACCCUGGCAACAGUCGGUGACCCUGGCAACAGUCGGCGACCCUGGCAACAGUCGGCGACCCUGGCAACAGUCGGUGACCCUGGCAACAGAAAAUGACCCUUGGUGACGGAUGAGCCUGGCAACUGUCGGCGACCCCUGUGAUAGUAACCUUGGUAACGGUCGGGUGACCAUGGCAACAGCCGAUGACCUUGGUGACAGAUGACCCUGACAAUGGAGGCGACCCCUGUUCGGUGACUCUGGCCAUGGCUGGUGACCCCGGCAACAUGCAGUGACCCCUGCAGCGAUAGUGACCCGGUCAACAGACUGUACCUAGUAAUUAUUAUUGAUAGUCCUGUCCACAUAGUGUCAGUGGUCAACAACUCCAGCACCAUUCUGCAAUCCUCCAGCCACAGUCAGCCCCUUCAGGAGGAGGGCAGUAACCACUGGGGUCACACACUGACCACUGAUGACCACCCGGAGAAUGGUCAGUGAACCGGACAGUCCCGGUGAACGUCUCCCCAGCCCUGGGCAAUGACACUGGGGCAAUGGGCUAUGGAACUGGGCUAAUGGACAAGGGAGCUGGGUAAUGGGCAUUGGAACUGGGCAAUGGGCUAUGGAACUGGGCUGAUGGGCAUUGGAACUGGGCUAAUGAAUAUUGUAAACUGGGCAAUGACAUUGUGACUGGGGCAAUGGAUAUUGUGGCUGGGUCAAUGGGCACUGGAGCUGGGACGAUGGGCAUGGGCAGUGACUGGAGCAGUGAACAUGGCUCCAAUGGACAAUGCUGAGGAGUGGGCCUCUCGCUGGGAACAUCUAACGGGAAAAAGUAUUGAUGUUGCUUUGUCAUUGUCACUUGUACCAAGAUACAGUGCAUACGUGGUCUUUGCGCGCUUCCCUAUCAGGUCCUGUCACACUUGAGUACAAUCAAACCACACACAUGCGCACCAGGUUGUGCAAAGAGAAACAUACCAGAGUGCAGCAUAUGUGUUACAGUGUUUUAUAGUUACAGGUAUGGAAAAAGUGCAAGGGUAGCAGUGAGGUUGGUUGGAAGGUUGCGAGGAGACCUGUUAAGAAUAUGCAAUAAUGAGAGGCAUUUAUAGGGUAGACAGUCACAACCUUUUCCUCUGGAAGGAAAUAUCAAAUACUAGAGAGAAUAGCCCUAAGGCAAGGGGGGCAAGGUUCAGAGGAAUGGGCGGGGUAAGUAUUUUGACUCAGAGGGUGGUGGGUGCCUGGAAU